AUGUCGGCAACUCCUCCGACAAGACAUCGCCCCUUACCCCCACCAAAUCGAAGACGGGAUAAACCUCAGCUUUCAUGUAAUUCAUGUCGCCGGCGGAAGGUUAAAUGUGAUCGACAACAGCCUUGUAGGACAUGUACCCUCCGGGGACUUGCCGCUUCUUGCAGUUAUCCCCCGGACGCCACAUCACGCCCCUUGGACCGUGAUGCCAAUUCCACAGUGCAGAACCGAAUCUGUGAGCUAGAAGGGCUUGUGCAUACCCUUAUGCAACGGGCAGCAUCUAAGAAUAUCCAAGCACUCCCCGAGACCACCGAAGGAUCCCCCGACUCCGAGGCGGGCGCAUCGGGAGAGCUACCUAACGGUGGUAUACUAACGGACAGCCCCGCUGGCGUCAGCUACGUCGAUGGUGCACAUUGGACCGCCCUGCUAGACAGCAUCUCUGAACUAAAGGACUACUUUCAAGAUGGUCCGGAAUCAGGACCGCACUACCAGAUCCCUUUACAACCUAUUCCUGAUUAUGGACCUUGUCCGUUGUUGCUAUACGGUCGGUUUGCUCAGUCCAACAAAGAAGAGAUUUUGAGCGUACUGCCAACGCGAAGUGUGGCCGAUUCAUUGAUUUCGAAAUUCUUUUCAUCUAUCGACUUGACGCCAGGUAAUAUUCAUAUAUACUGCUAUAAGUACAACCAGUUUUGGGAAGACCCCUCCGCAACCUCGAUCAUGUGGAUAGGGCUCUUGUUCGCUAUCAUGUGUUUUUCGACCGUGCUUUUACAACGCUACGGUGAUCACGAUCCGGGCACUCUGCCUCUUAAUGCGGAGAACACACUACUUAUACGAGCGUAUCGGGAAAAGGUUGUUCAGUGUCUGACGCUGGGCAAGUACACCAGGGGCGGUGAGAAUGUCCUACAGACUCUAAUUCUCUAUGUUGGUGUAGAACAUUUCCUCCAAGAGGAUUCGGAUUUUGGUACUCAUCUUUUACUAAGCAUGAUCAUAAGUAUCGCUAUGAGGAUGGGAUAUCAUAGAGAUCCUAAGAACUUUCCAGUCAUAUCACCCUUCGAUGGUGAGAUGAGAAGACGGACAUGGGCGGCGCUGUACCAGGCGAAUCUUAUCUUUGCCACCCAAAUGGGCCUUCCGAGUAUGUUAAAAGACAACCAGAUAGAUACAGAAGAACCACACAAUCUUGCAGACUCUGAUUUCGAUGAGGGAACAACUGUGCUUCCCUCAUCUCGACCUGAGACAGAGUUGACGCCAGUUCUAUACGUAAUUACUAGGAGCCGCAUCUCACGGCUCUGGGAAAAGGUUCGCGACCUAGCGACUGACACAAGACCUCAUACAUAUGAGGAGAUCCUUGCAAUGGAUCAAGGGUUAGAGGCUGAUAAGCGCCGCAUUCCGCCACCCUUAAGAAUGCAGCCUAUACAUCUAUCCAUCGCAGAUCCUCCACACUUGAUAAUGCAAAGAAUUUGGCUGGAUAUCUGCUUCCUCCGGUUAAAAAUCGUGCUACAUAAGAAGUACUUUAUGGUACCCAUUCAAAAUGAACGUUAUAGUUACUCGCGAGAAGUCUGCUUGAAAGCGGCCAUAGAGGUUCUUGAGUAUCAGCAUAUAGUCUAUGAACUAAUCAAGCCAGGUAGCCUGUUAUACGAGACUCGCUGGAAGCUUUCAUCUGUGAUGAAUAACGAGUUUCUCCUGGCAACUAGUAUUGCAUGUGCUUAUGUCAAACAGAUCACCGAUAUCCCCAAAAGCGCAGUAAGGGGGACAAACACGGAAGAGGUCAGCAAGCUUCUCGCAGUAUCUGCGGAAUGCUGGAAGAGGUACAGCGCCGUAUCUAGAAAUGCUCGGAGGGCUGUCAAGGCGAUCAAUAUGGUCCUCAAAAUCACGAGCACUCCUACAGCGAGCCCGGCUAGCGUAGAGGACGAGCUGAGUCCGAUGUUCGCUUUGCAAGACCCCCUACUUUUAGAUUUUAAUUUCCCUUAUACGCUCGACAAUUUCUACGGGGGAGACGACUCGAAGUUUAGGGAUGACCCUUCUCUGGAAGCGCUUUUGUCUGCACAGCAGCAUCCCACGGAUGAUGAAUGGAUUAACCUGUUCCAACGGGUAUCUACUCGCCCAGCAAAUUAA